AUGUCAUCAGAUAGUGAACUAUCAUUUGAAUAUGAAGAAGAUGAAAAUGGAGAAGUAGAAGAUAAUGAAACUUCAGAUAUAUCAUUUGAUUCAGAUGAUGAUGAAGAAGGAGAUAAUUAUUAUGAAGAUGAGAUAUUUGAUAAGAAUAAUGAAAAAUCAUCUGAUACCCCGUCAUCAAAAAUUAUGGAUGAUUCAAUAAAUGUUGGAUGUAAUGGAACUUUAUAUCUACCUUGGAGUUUAGAACAUUUUAUACAAACUCAUUUUUUACAAUCAUUAAAAAAAUUAAAAAAUGUUCAAUUAGGUGAAUGUACUGAUGAUGAUUUAUUAAUAAUGUUACAAUAUAAAAAAUGGCAAUCCGAUGAAGUAUUAGAUUCAUAUUUUGGUAACAAACAAAAAUUCUUAGAACAAUGUGGUUUACCUAUAAUUGGUAAAUCAAAUAAUAAAUUUGAAAAAAUAAAAGAUUUUACGUGUUUUAUUUGUUGUGAAAAUUAUGAUGAAGCUCAAGUUUAUUCAUUAACUUGUGAUCAUAAAUAUUGUAUUGAAUGUUAUUAUAGAUAUAUAUUAAAUGAAGUUAAUAAUGGUCAAUUAAUUACUUGUAUGGAACCUGAUUGUAAAUUAUCAAUACCACAUCAGAAUAUAGCAUAUAUGAUAGCAUUGAUGGAAGCUGAACAUUCAUUAAUUAUAGCAGAAAAACCUAUUGAUGAAAAUCCUUUAUUUAUAUCAUCAGCAAGAGAAUGGAUUAAUUCAAGAACAAAUUUUAGAUGGUGUCCCGCAACUGAUUGUAAAGGAUUUACCGAAGUUAUUAAAUCACCAACAUCAACCUCAUCAAGUCAAUCACAACACACCAAAGACAAACCAAAUCAAUCUAUAGAUAUAACAAAAGUUCCAAUAGUAGGUUGUACAGAACGUCAUGAAUUUUGUUUUGAAUGUAAUUAUGAAAAUCAUUUACCAUGUCCUUGUUGGUUAGUUAAAAAAUGGAUUAAAAAAUGUGCUGAUGAUUCAGAAACUGCUCAUUGGAUUGAUGCUCAUACCCAUUCAUGUCCUAAAUGUCAUACAUCAAUUGAAAAAAAUGGUGGUUGUAAUCAUAUGACAUGUAGAAAAUGUAAACAUGAAUUUUGUUGGAUUUGUUUUGGAGAUUGGAAACAACAUAAUAAUAAUUAUUCAUGUAAUAGAUUUAAAGAUGAAAGAGCAGAAGAAGAAAUUAGAAAAAAUAAAAGUAGACAAACUUUAGAAAGAUAUUUACAUUUUUAUAAAAGAUAUUCUAUACAUGAAUCUUCAAUGAAAGGUGAUCAAAAAACUUUAAAAAAAAUUGAUGAUGUUACAAAAUUAUAUAUGGAAGAUCGAAGAAAAAAAAAUGAAGAACAUUUAUCAUGGAAUGAUGUACAAUUUUUACCAGAUGCAAUGAGAGCUUUACAAAAUGGUAGAAAAACUUUAAAAUGGACUUAUUGUUUUGCAUUUUAUUUAGAUAAAUCAAAUUUUUCACAAAUAUUUGAAACAAAUCAAGAUUUUUUAAAUAAAACAGUUGAAGAUUUAUCUGAAAUUUUUGAAAAAAUUAUUGCAAUUAAUAAACCAGAUAAAGUUGGUACAAUUUUAGAAAAUAAAAUAAAAAUUAUUAAUUUAGCUGAAUUAGUAAAUCAAAGAAGAAAAACUUUAAUUAAAUCUGCUGAAGAAAAUUUAUUACAUGGUUUACUUUCUUUUGACUUAGCAUGA